AUGGCCGUAAACGCGUCAACAUUAAGUUUUCCUGAGUUUUCGUCCAAUUUUGGGGAACUUUAUUCAAACACGACAAUUACAACGCGUGCUCCUAGAGAUGGUUACGACGUGCCUGUGUUUGGUCUGGACAAUAACCACUUUGCCUAUUUGCACAUAACAGCACUUUCAUGUAUACUUAUUAGUUUUGCCUUCUCUGUGGUUGUUAUCACACUCUCAUUCCGAUCAUCUAGACAACGAUUUUUUGACUGGACAAAAAGCGAACGUUUCGUUGUUUAUAUGGCAUUAUGUGAUGGACUUUUUAAUCUCGGACAUUCCUUGGACCAUUUGCAUAUUUUCAUUACAAGGGAUCAUGUCAGACCACGUGCACUUUGUAUUUGUUAUGCUUUCGUUAUCGGUGAGUUUAUCUCUGCUCAGAUGCUGAUGGUUAACAUUGUUGCAAUUAACGCUUUUGGUAUGAUAUACCUCAGCAAAGAUAUGAGUUUUGGAAGAUAUGAUUGGAGGCUGCUCUUGUAUACUCUUGGUGUUCCCUUCGUUGUUUAUUUAGUUGCGGCCAUCCUCGGAAAGCUUGGUCCAACAGGAGCUUUUUGCCACUUUGACGCUAUUAAAGGUACAGAUCUGUAUGUAUACUACCUUACCAUGCUCACUUUUGUCGUCGUCGCAGUAAACAGCGCCCUCUAUGUCGCUACCUGGAUCAAGAUUUACAAAGAUAGCAAGGCAUUAGCUGAUGUCCUUGGCGAAUCUGCUCAGUCCAUAAAAAGUAUUCAUAACGCAGCAAAAAACAUGUCACUUUUUGUUGCCGUCUUCUUCGUUCAGUGGUUUUCCUUGGCUGCCUAUUCAAUCACCGCUUUGCUUGGAAAUGUCCCAGAAGUUAUCUUAUACUUAGCAAUUUUCUUUAAUAAUUUUGGCGGAGUACUAAAUGGAAUAGUUUUUAUAAUUAUUAAAAGACGGAAGAGAAAAAAGGCCUUGAGGAAAUCAGAUUUAAGCGAAUCUGUGGCAACAAUUUCCUCAAAGAUUUAA